AUGGAAAAUUCUAGCGUUACCCCCGAACAAAUAGACGUACAAACUGGGGAUGUUUCGGCAUCAGAUAUAUCUGAUGAUAUUCCCACAAAAGAAAUUUCGCCACUUAAUGAGAGUCAACCCGAUAAGGAGGAAGCUAUUACUCCCGACCCUAUAACCGGAAUAGAACAUAGCUCAACCCAGGUCCAAAAAACUGAAUCAUCUACAACCUCUUUGUCACAAAAUAUUACCGAUAAUGAUACGGACGAGACCCUUGAUUUUGUAGAAAUGAAACAUAAAGAACAUAAACUUCGAGAUCAAAAUUCAUCUUUGGAUAGUACUUCAUCGGAACCAUCCUACGAAAAUCAAAAUCUGGAAUCAUCUAUAAUAUCGCAAUCUAUCUCUAAUAGUUCUGAGUUAUCUUCGGAUAAUAAUUCAUCAUGUGAUUCUGAGUCCAAAUCGCCUACUAAUGUAUCGCUUAAUCAGAAGCGUGAAACGCUUUGCUCCGCAAAAAUUCCUUAUAAUCAAAAGGUAGAACGAGGUUUAAGACUCGAGCUAUCUAUUUGCACCAAAGAUAAUAACCACCAGAUUAGUAAUGUAAUUGAUAUACAGAUUCCUGAAUUCUCUAUAGAAGCAAUUCUAACAGGAUCUAGUAAAGUUACAGCAGAAAAUAUAGCUGAUUUAUUUAACAUUGCUAUGAAGACUAGACAAAAGGAGAUUUUAUGCUGGUACUAUUAUUAUAAAGCGUACGAGAAUAGGGUUAGAAAUAUUAAGACUAUGGAUAAAAUUGAUGACAAAUCUGCAAGAACAUUGGUAUAUGAUGAAAUCAAAUCACUUCUACCUGAUGUUACUGAUGUAAACUUGCGUAAAAUAACUUUCAGAGCUAAAAGAGUUUAUAUAUUGUUUAAAGGUAUAGGAAUAGAUAAAAUUAGCCAGGUGUCUUACAGUGCAAGUGCUAUUUCAAUGUUCAAAUUCAAAAUAUCAUAA